AUGGAGACACAGUUCCAUGUCGUCAAUAAUGUUGAACCCAGGUCAGAUUUUUCCUGUUUGGCGGGUCGUCCUGGUAUCCCUGGUCUCCACGGUACACCCGGUGCUCCUGGACGAGACGGACGAGAUGGCAGACCAGGUAUUCAAGGUAAACAAGGUCCUCGAGGGUUUGGCGGGACUCCGCCAGGCAAGCAAGGACCUCCCGGAACUCCUGGUGCACCCGGUCCCAAGGGUCCAAAGGGUGACGCUGGUCCAAAAGGAGAAAAGGGGGAGCCUGGUGCGAGAGGAUUCUCAGCCUAUUCGAACCGGAAAGAAUGUUCGUGGAUCAACAUCGACGAAGGAAAAGACAAUGGGUUGAUCAGGGAUUGUGUUUUUCAAAAGAAAGACAAUAAUUCCAUUCUCCAUGUUUACUGGAAUGGCAACCUAAGGAUACAUAAUUGUAACGACUGUUGUAAGCGCUGGUUCUUCACGUUCAACGGUAUUGAAUGCAAGACACCCCGUGCUAUUGACGGUAUCGUGUACAUGGCAAAAGGAGUGGCUCACAACAUUCACCGCGUUCGCCACAUUGAAGGUCACUGUGACAAGAUCCACAAGGGACCUGUUCGUGUGGGCUUCAAUGUCGGGAACUGUGCCGGGUAUGGAAAUGUUGACGCCAAAACCGGAUGGAAUUCAAACAGUCGUCUGUUCGUAGAGGAGGUACCCAGACCCCAGCCGUAGAACUAUCCAUUUCCUACAAGACGUAAGCCAGAUUGAUUGAAUGCGAAGUCUAGUAAAGCACUAUAACAAGCACUUUGAGAUGUUGUUUAAUCCAUGCUGUGUUAGUUGAAAAAAUAGGAAUAGAAUAAACGUCAAAAACUAAAUGUUACCAUUAUCGUUCACUAUAUUGUUGUGAAGUAAUAUCACUAUUAAAUGCCGCAAAAAUAUGUUGA